GGCGAGGCCGGGUUUUCGGCCCGGGGCCCGUCCGGAGAGCGCGGGCCGCGGAGGCCUCCGGUCGCUGAAGGCGGACGUCUCUUGCAGAGGGCGCGGAUCGACCUCCCCCCGGUCCCGGCGGUGGAGCCCCGGGAUGCGGUUCCGCACCUGCGCUGCCCCUCGCUGGAGCACUUCAGGGACAACUACCUCCUUCCACAGAAGCCGGUGGUCUUGGAGGGGAUUAUUGACCACUGGCCGUGCAUGAAGAAGUGGAGUGUGGACUAUUUUUGUCAAGUCGCAGGGUGCCGCACAGUCCCCGUGGAGCUGGGUGCCCGGUACACGGAUGAGGAGUGGUCUCAGCAGCUGAUGACUGUGGGUGACUUCAUCCAGCAGCACAUCGUGAACGAGAACAACACAGGAUACCUUGCCCAGCACCAGCUUUUUGAUCAGAUCCCAGAAUUGAAAGAGGAUAUUGGUAUCCCCGACUACUGCUGCCUGGGGGAAGGGGAAGAAGAAGACAUCACCAUUAACGCCUGGUUUGGUCCGGAAGGCACCAUCUCGCCUCUUCAUCACGAUCCCCAGCAAAACUUCUUGGCCCAGGUAUUUGGAAGGAAGUACAUCCGUCUGUAUUCACCGCAGGAUUCAGAAAACCUGUACCCACAUGAAACCCAAAUUCUUCACAACACCAGUCAGGUUGAUGUGGAAGAUCCCGACUUAGAUAAAUUUCCCAAUUUCACAAAGGCUGCAUUUCAGUCCUGUAUCCUGAAGCCUGGACAGGUUCUGUUUAUUCCAGUUAAAUAUUGGCACUAUGUACGAUCGCUUGAUAUCAGCUUCUCAGUCAGUUUCUGGUGGUCAUAGCUCUGAAGCUAUAAAGUCUGUUGUGCAUUGGAACAGGAAUGAAAAAUCAGAAAACAGCACCAGGCAU